GGUUGCCGACCUCUGUCCUAGACCAUCUCUGACAGGUGUUUUUCCAACCUGCUCUUAAAAACCUCCAAUGACAGGGAUUCCACAACUUUCCUUGGUAACCUGUUCCAGUGCUUAACUAUUCUUAUGGUUAGCACAUUUUUCCUAAUAUCUAACCUACUCUCCCUUGCUGCAAACUAAGAUGAUUAAUUCUUGCCACACCCUUGGUGGACUUGGAGAACAAAUGAUCACAGUCCUCUUUACAAUAGGCUUUUAUAUAUUUCAAGGCCAUGAUGUCCCCCCUCAACCUUCUCUUCUCUAGACUAAACAUGCCCAAUUCUUUCAACCUUUCCUCACAAGUCACAUUUUCUAAGCCUUUUAUCAUUUUUGUCCUUCUUCUCUGGACUCUCUCCAGUUUGUCGUUUGUUUACAUCUUUACUGGCACCAUUAUGGUUUUCAAAAUAUGCAGCUGGUUGACCAACCCCACGAACGCACACAGCAACAUACUGGGUGGAUCAGUCUUAUUGUUUAAUCUGGUUGCUCACUCCCCAAACCUACAAGGCUCGUAAACAGAGCUCACAACCAUUACAAAGAAAUAUGGCACAGGUGGUUUCAUUUUUAUUUAUAAUGCUGAAAGCCUCUCCAAUUAAGUAAAGGGGAAAGACUAAUUUAUUAAUUCCUGAUUUACACCUUCAUCAUCUAUCUCUAGAAUUUAUAUAUAUAAAAGCCUCAUCUUGUACUGAGAACACCAAGUAGAAAAAAAUAUUCCCUAUACAUUGUCAAUUUGGACCAAAUUUUUCAUUUCUGUGGAAGCAGGCCAAUAUCUUGGGGAAAACAAAUGCUAUAUCAUCACUACUUGAAUUUUAACCAGUAGAGCUCUUGGAAGGACUAGCAAAACCUCAUGAUACAACCAAUGCAUUAGAUCCAUGUCCUUCUUGCAGGUGGAAGUUAGUAGGGAAGUACAGGGCCCAGUACUGAGUGAUUGUAAGUGCCGUUGUAAUAACUGGGCCAACAAAUUUACCAUAAUUGUAAGCUCAGUUGUAAAAAUUAUAACAUUCUUUACUGAAAGCAAACAGGUGCAUGAGAACCAGACAAAGAGACUAAUUUAGUCCAAACAUAAUAGGAAACACUGAUAUAAUUCAAGGACUGUGUUGAAAUCAUGCUUGGUUUAAAAUAAAAAUAAAAAAAUAAAAUAAAAAAAAGAGGGUGCAGAGGGAGAGAUGUGGAAUCAGAAAUUAAUUGACCAAAAUUGGUGUGUCGGAUAUUAGGCCUAACUGAUGGAUAAAAUAAUGAGGGGGAGAGCUGUUCUUCCCAUCACUCCCUUUCUGGAUACUUGAAGAAAGACUUUGGGACACCUGGGACACCAGAUCUUCUUCAUGCUAAUGUUAAGUGAUGUCCUGAUCAGACUGGGCCAGAGACAGGUACCCAGAUAACAUCACCACUUCUACCGGCUCCACUGAAUCCAAACACACAGCUUUGUUUGUAACUAGCAAAUAUGUCUGGUCGUGGUAAGGGAGGCAAGGGUCUCGAGAAAGAAGGCGUUAAGCGUCAUAGGAAGGUGUUCAGGGAUAAUAUCCAGGGCAUUACGAAACCCGCUAUUUGCCGUUUGGCUCGUCGUGGGGGAGUGAAGCGUAUUUCAGGGCUCAUUUACGAGGAGACUCGCGGGGUGCUGAAAGUGUUUCUGGAGAACGUGAUCCGAGAUGCCGUUACUUACAUCGAGCAUGCGAAGCGGAAGACUGUUACUGCUAUGGACGCUGUUUAUGCAUUGAAGCGCCAGGGUCAUACUGUGUAUGGAUUUGGAGGCUAA